UUCUCUCAAUUAGUUCACCUUAAAGUUCACCAGCGCAUGCAUAAAGGUGAUACGCCUUACUCCUGUUCUGACUGUGGGAUGUGUUUCUCUCAAUUAGGUCACCUUAAAGUUCACCAGCGCAUGCAUAAAGGUGAUACGCCUUACUCCUGUUCUGACUGUGGGAAGUGUUUCUCUCAAUUAGGUCACCUUAAAGUUCACCAGCGCAUACAUACUGGUGAUAAGCCUUACUCCUGUUCUGACUGUGGGAAAUGUUUCUCUCGAUUAGGUAACCUUAAAGUUCACCAGCGCAUACAUACUGGUGAUAAGCCUUACUCCUGUUCUGACUGUGGGAAGUGUUUCUCUCAAUUAGUUCACCUUAAAGUUCACCAGCGCAUGCAUAAAGGUGAUACGCCUUACUCCUGUUCUGACUGUGGGAAGUGUUUCUCUCAAUUAGGUGACCUUAAAGUUCACCAGCGCAUACAUACUGGUGAUAAGCCUUACUCCUGUUCUGACUGUGGGAAGUGUUUCUCUCGAUUAGGUCAACUUAAAGUUCACCAGCACAUACUUACUGGUGAUAAGCCUUACUCCUGUUCUGACUGUGGGAAGGGUUUCUCUCGAUUAGUUGACCUUAAAGUUCACCAGCGCAUACAUACUGGUGAUAAGCCUUACUCCUGUUCUGACUGUGGGAAGUGUUUCUCUCAAUUAGGUCCCCUUAAAGUUCACCAGCGCAUACAUACUGGUGAUAAGCCUUACUCCUGUUCUGACUGUGGGAAGUGUUUCUCUCAAUUAGGUAACCUUAAAGUUCACCAGCGCAUACAUACUGGUGAUAAGCCUUACUCCUGUUCUGACUGUGGUAAGGGUUUCUCUCAAUUAGGUCCCCUUAAAGUUCACCAGCGCAUACAUACUGGUGAUAAGCCUUACUCCUGUUCUGACUGUGGGAAGUGUUUCUCUGUAUUAGGUAACCUUAAAGUUCACCAGCGCAUGCAUAAAGGUGAUAAGCCUUACUCCUGUUCUGACUGUGGAAAGUGUUUCUCUCAAUUAGGUAACCUUAAAGUUCACCAGCGCAUGCAUAAAGGUGAGAAGCCUUACUCCUGUUCUGACUGUGGGAAGUGUUUCUCUCGAUUAGGUCCCCUUAAAGUUCACCAGCGCAUACAUACUGGUGAGAAGCCUUACUCCUGUUCUGACUGUGGGAAGUGUUUCUCUCGAUUAGGUCCCCUUAAACUUCACCAGCGCAUACAUACUGGUGAUAAGCCUUACUCCUUUUCUGACUGUGGGAAGUGUUUCUCUCAAUUAGGUCCCCUUAAAGUUCACCAGCGCAUACAUACUGGUGAUAAGCCUUACUCCUGUUCUGACUGUGGGAAGUGUUUCUCUCGAUUAGGUCCCCUUAAAGUUCACCAGCGCAUACAUACU